UUGAAAACAAGGAAAUCACACUGCGAAGGGAACUUGCGUACAGAGUGGGAGAAUUGGGGAGGCCCAAAGCGCUCUCCUUUCCCUCUCUCUCUCUCUCUACAACUCCUCCUUUUUCCAGAUGAUAGCAACUUUAGUGUAUUUUCUGCAGAGUAAAGGGCGUCCAAUAUGUUUGGAAGGGGUCCACGAAGGGGUGAUAACUCCAAAUACUAUGAGGUUCUUGGUGUUUCGAAAAGUGCUAGCGAAGAUGAGCUUAAGAAGGCCUACAGAAAAGCGGCUAUGAAGAAUCAUCCUGAUAAGGGAGGAGAUCCCGAGAAGUUCAAGGAGUUGUCUCAAGCUUAUGAAGUUCUAAGCGAUCCAGAAAAGAGAGAAGUUUAUGAUCAGUAUGGCGAAGAUGCCCUUAAAGAAGGAAUGGGAGGGGGUGCCGGUGCCCAUAGUCCUUUUGACAUUUUUGAGUCAUUCUUUGGUGGAUCAUUUGGGGGUGGUCCCCACUUUGGCGGACCAUUUGGAGGUGGUGGUAGCAGCUCGAGGAGCAGGAAGAGACAAGGGGAAGAUGUAAUACAUACUCUUAGAGUUUCUCUAGAAGAUUUGUAUAACGGCACAACUAAAAAGCUCUCGCUUUCCAGGAACAAAUUGUGCCACAAGUGCAAAGGGAAAGGUUCAAAGAGUGGAGCGACUGGAAGAUGCAACGGGUGUCGUGGUACUGGAAUGAAGGUUUCGACACGACAGAUCGCACCCGGCAUGAUCCAACAGAUGCAACAUGUCUGUCCUGAUUGCCGAGGAUCAGGUGAGGCCAUAAGUGAAAGAGACAAAUGUACACAGUGCAAAGGAAGCAAGGUUACCCAAGAAAAGAAAGUGCUGGAAGUGAAUGUCGAGAAGGGGAUGCAAAAUGGUGAAAAGAUAGUAUUUACUGGGGAAGCAGAUGAGGCACCCGAUACCAUUGCUGGGGAUAUUGUUUUCGUGGUACAGCAGAGGGAACACCCCAAGUUCAAGCGGAAGUUCGAUGAUCUCUAUAUGGAGCACACCCUCAGUUUAACCGAAGCUCUUUGUGGCUUUCAGUUCGUCAUAACUCAUCUCGAUGGCAGGCAGCUUCUAAUCAAAUCAGGACCCGGCGAAGUUAUUAAGCCCGGUAACAUCCCGCACCCUAUAAUUUCCGCUACUACGUGGGAUGAAAAAAAAAAAAAAUUACAUUUCUUAAUUCACUUCUACUUUCACAGAUCAAUCCAAGGCAAUAAACGACGAGGGAAUGCCACACCACGAAAGGCCGUUCAUGAAGGGCCGCUUGUACAUCAAUUUUGACGUGGAAUUUCCCGAGCCCGGGGCUCUUUCCCCCGAGGCAUGCCGCGCCCUGGAGACUCUCCUGCCACCGAAACCGAGUCCGUCCUCGUUACCCGUCAACCUCGAUGAGUGCGAGGAAACGACGUUGCAGGACGUGAACAUCGAGGAAGAAAUGAGGCGCAAGGAGCAGCAGAGGCAACAAGAGGCUUACGAUUCGGAUGACGAUUCGUCUUCAGAUGUGCACCGCGUGGCAUGCAACCAGCAGUAGUAAGGCGGCUCGGAGUCUGCCGAUUUGCAUAUCUAGCCUAGUGUAUUUUUGUUAUGGUCAUUUGGGAUAUGUAUAAGUAUUAUUAUUGCUUUUUCAUUUGCAUUUUGAAGUUUAUCACUACUACGAGGUUUUUUAUUUGUA